GGCAAAGAAGGUAACGUUUCUCAGCCAAGUUCCAGGGGCCUUGGCCAUGAGCGAGCUUGGCACUCCGAAGACCAGUGACGGUACUGUUUCCCGCCUGCUCAACGUGGUGGAAAGUGAGCUCCAGGCAGGGAGGGAAAAGGGUGACCCUACAGAGAAGCAACUUCAGAUCAUCCUAGAGGAUGCUCCUCUCUGGCAGAGAUUCAAGGAAGUCACGAAUGAAAUGAUCGUGACCAAGAACGGCAGGCGGAUGUUCCCUGUCCUAAAGAUUAGUGUCACAGGACUGGACCCCAAUGCCAUGUACUCCCUCCUGCUGGACUUUGUCCCAACAGACAGCCACCGCUGGAAAUACGUCAAUGGGGAGUGGGUGCCUGCGGGUAAGCCGGAGGUCUCCAGCCACAGCUGCGUCUACAUCCACCCGGACUCCCCCAACUUUGGGGCCCACUGGAUGAAAGCCCCCAUCUCUUUCAGCAAAGUGAAGCUGACCAACAAGCUCAACGGUGGCGGGCAGAUAAUGUUGAAUUCUCUGCAUAAAUAUGAGCCCCAAGUUCACAUAGUGCGUGUUGGAGGCGCCCAUCGAAUGGUUAUGAACUGCUCCUUUCCUGAAACCCAGUUUAUAGCCGUGACUGCCUAUCAGAACGAGGAGAUAACAGCUCUCAAAAUCAAGUACAAUCCUUUUGCCAAAGCCUUCUUGGAUGCCAAGGAAAGGAAUCACUUAAAAGACAUUCCAGAAGCCAUCUCUGAGAGCCAGCACGUGGCCUACUCUCACUUGGGGGGCUGGAUCUUUUCCAAUCCGGAUGGCGUGUGCGCAGCAGGAAAUGCCAAUUACCAGUAUGCUGCUCCUUUGCCCCUGUCUGCACCCCAUACGCACCACCACGGCUGUGAGCACUACCCUGGCCUCCGGGGGCAUCGGCAGGCUCCCUACGCUCCUGCAUACGCCCAUAGAAACCACACUCCUGCAGUGAAUUUGAUAGAAAGCUCUAGCAAUAAUCUCCAAGUUUUCUCUGGGCCGGACAGCUGGGCCUCCUUGUCCUCUACCCCUCACGCGAGCAUCCUGUCAGUGCCUCAUACCAGCGGACCCAUCAAUGCAGGACCCAGCCCCUACCCGUGCCUGUGGACCAUCAGCAACAGUGGCGGGGGCCCUGUGGGGCCGGGCCCAGAGGUGCACGCCAGCUCUCCGGGAGCCUUCCUCUUGGGCAACCCAACGGUGACUUCGCCUCUCUCCACCCAAGCGCCCACUUCGGCAGGUGUGGAAGUUCUGGGGGAACCCUCACUGACCAGCAUCGCUGUGUCCACCUGGACAGCUGUGGCCUCGCAUCCCUUCUCCGGCUGGGGGGGCCCGGGUGGGGGUGGACGCCAUUCUCCUUCCUCCUUGGACAGUUAGGCAAGAUCCUAGG